UAUGCGUAUCACUCAUACCAUCAUAUCUUUGUUCUACCGAUCUUUGUCCAAAAGUGAAACUAAGCAUACUUUUAAAAGUGUGUCAUCAUUAGCCUUUUCAGGAUUUUAAGUACUUCGAUAUCAGUGUCUGAAAACUUUCCAACCAGUCACCCAGACGGUGGAAACAAAGUAGAUGAACAGUAUCUGGAAAAGCAGAGAGCCUUUUGUGUAGCUGAAGUGGCUUCUCAAUUCUCAGUUGAGAGAGGAGGAGGCUACUUGCAAGUUGCAUAGACAGCCAUGUCUUCCUCUUCCUCUUCCUCUUCCUCUUGGCUCACUUCCUUCUCAUGUUCAUCCCCAGUCAAACAAGCCACAGGGGACACUUUCAUCUCAACUCUCCCUCAAUGGCUCACCUUCAUUUUCCUCUCCCCCUGUCCCCAGAGAGCUCUGUUAUCCGCAGUCAAUGUUCUCCUCCUCCUUAUUCUCUUCAUCUUUGCAAUCACAAAGCUCUUCAAAAGGUUCACUUCCAAUGGAAACUCUCAAACUGAACUCAACAAGCCCCUCAUCACCAAUACCAGAUCAUUCCCCACAACAACAACUAUACAGUUCAAACUAACCUUAACUGCAACCAUUGUUCUCGCAGUACUGUACACUGUUUCCUUCAUUCUGGCAUUCACCAGUUCCACCGAAGCGCCAUGGAAGCAAGUUGAUGGUAUAUUUUGGUUAAUCCAGGCCAAAACCCAUGCAGCACUUGCUGUCUCAAUCAUCCAUGAGAGAAGAUUCAAAGCUCUCAAACACCCUGUGUCACUCAGAGUUUACUGGGUUGCGUUUUUCAUCCUCAUUUCCUUGUUCUCAGCUUCUGGGGUUAUCCGUUUUGUAAAUGAAGAUGUGGGUUUCAUCUUUAAGCUGGACGACGUGGUUUCUUUCAUUUCACUCCCUCUCUCGCUGUUUCUUCUUUUUGUGGCGGUUCAAGGUUCCACCGGAGUUGUUGUUCCGGCAGAAGAAACAGAGCCAGUUGUGGACGAAGGUGCUGACGUGUACGGUGAUGCUCCGAGCAAAACCGAGGUUACUGGCUACGCUUCAGCUUCUGUACUAUCCAAGGCGUUUUGGAUGUGGUUAAACCCUUUGUUGAUUAAAGGGUACAAGUCACCAUUGAAGAUUGAUGAGGUUCCAGUAAUUUCACGGGAGCAUAGAGCUGGGAGGAUGAUAGCACUGUUUGAAUCAAAUUGGCCUAAAUCAAAAGACAAGGGGAAGCACCCAGUUGUAAUCACUUUGAUUAAGUGCUUCUGGAAGCAGUUAGCCUUCACUGCUUUACUUGCUAUUGUGAAACUCUCUGUGGUGUAUGUUGGGCCAGUUCUCAUUCAGAGUUUUGUUGAUUACACUGCAGGGAAGAGAACCUCUGUGUAUGAAGGAUACUACCUUGUUUUGAUUCUUCUUGUUGCUAAGUUCAUAGAAGUCAUGUGCACUCACCAUUUCAAUUUCCAGGCCCAGAAGCUUGGGAUGCUUCUAAGAUCCACUCUUACACCUGCUUUGUAUAAAAAGGGGUUAUUGCUAUCAUUCUCUUCUCGGCAGGAUCAUGGUGUAGGGACAAUUGUGAAUUACAUGGCAGUUGAUACCCAACAACUCUCUGAUAUGAUACUCCAGUUGCAUUCUAUAUGGAUGAUGCCAAUUCAAGUUUUUAUUGGCUUAGUUUUGCUGUACAAUUGUCUUGGUCCCUCAGUGGUUACCGCGUUGCUUGGACUUUCUGCGGUGCUCGCGUUCGCGGUGGUUACUACCCGCAGGCACAACACUUUCCAGUUCAACAUGAUGAAGAACCGCGACUCAAGAAUGAAAGCUGUGAAUGAGAUGCUCAAUUACAUGCGUGUGAUCAAGUUUCAGGCUUGGGAGGAACAUUUCAAUGGAAGAAUCUUGGGUUUCCGCAGUUCGGAGUAUCAAUGGCUUUCAAACUUGAUGUACUCGAUUUGUGGAAACAUGGUUCUGAUGUGGAGCGCGCCAUUGUUGAUAUCAACUAUCACGUUUGGCACAGCUAUUUUGCUUGGUGUUCCGCUUGAUGCAGGGUCGGUUUUCACUGCAACAAGUAUCUUCAGGAUCAUACAGGAACCGAUAAGGACGUUCCCACAGUCUAUGAUAUCUCUUACUCAAGCAACGAUAUCACUGGGGAGGUUAGAUAGGUUCAUGCUGAGUACAGAACUGUCCAAUGACUCAGUUGAGAGAGAGGAAGGAUGUGGUGGACAAACUGCAGUGGAAGUUAUAGAUGGGACCUUUUGUUGGGAUGAUGAGAACCUGCAAGAGGACUUGAAAAAUAUCAAUUUGGAGAUAAAAAAGGGGGAGCUUACAGCAGUUGUUGGGACUGUAGGGUCAGGAAAGUCAUCUCUCCUCGCUUCAAUUCUCGGGGAGAUGCGCAAUGUUUCAGGAAAGGUUCGGGUUUGUGGGAGUGUUGCUUAUGUUGCACAAACAUCUUGGAUUCAGAACGGGACCAUUGAAACAAACAUACUCUUUGGUUUGCCAAUGGAAAGACACAAGUAUAAUAAAGUUAUCAAGGUGUGUUGCUUGGAGAAAGAUUUGGAAUUGAUGGAAUAUGGUGAUCAGACAGAGAUUGGAGAGCGAGGUAUCAACCUAAGUGGUGGCCAGAAGCAGCGUAUACAACUUGCCAGGGCUGUGUAUCAAGACUGUGAUAUAUAUCUUCUUGAUGAUGUCUUCAGUGCUGUUGAUGCUCAUACUGGCUCUGAAAUAUUUAAGGAAUGCGUGAGGGGAGCUCUGAAGGACAAGACCAUUAUUCUUGUAACACAUCAAGUAGAUUUCCUACAUAACGUGGAUCUUAUUUUGGUGAUGAGGGAUGGUAUGAUAGUCCAAUCAGGGAAAUACGAUGACCUACUAGGCUCCGGACUGGAUUUUCAAGCUCUAGUAACUGCCCAUGAGACCUCCCUGGAGCUGGUAGAGCAGGGUGCCGCCACACCGGGUGGAAAUUUGAACAAACCAACAAAAUCUCCAGAGGCACCUUCUGUUUACAAUAGUGAAAGCAAUUCUCCUGAUCAGCCUGAAUCUGACGAGAAAAGUUCUAAACUCGUCAAAGAAGAAGAGCGAGAAACUGGCAAAGUGAGCUUAAACAUCUACAAACUCUACCUCACUGAGGCUUUUGGGUGGUGGGGUAUCACAGGGUUAGUGUUUCUAUCUUUGUUAUGGCAAGCAACUUUGAUGGCGAGCGACUAUUGGCUGGCAUAUGAAACCUCAGAAGAGCGUGCUCAAAUGUUUAACCCCUUCCAGUUCAUUUCUGUCUACGCAAUUAUUACUCUUGUUUCGGUUAUUGUGGUAGUGGUCAGAUCCUACUCCUUUACAUUCAUGGGGCUAAAGACUGCACAACUUUUCUUCAAACAAAUUCUCAAUUGCAUAUUGCAUGCGCCCAUGUCUUUCUUUGAUACUACGCCAUCUGGGAGAAUUCUAAGUAGGGCAUCUGCUGAUCAGACCAAUGUUGAUAUCGUUCUCCCCAUGUUCAUCAACCUUGUUACUGCCAUGUACAUUACAGUGCUCGGCAUCUUAAUCAUCACAUGUCAAAAUUCUUGGCCAACAGUGUUCUUGUUAAUUCCUCUUGUUUGGUUGAAUAUAUGGUACCGGGGUUACUUUCUUGCUUCGUCUCGUGAACUAACUCGCCUGGAUUCAAUUACCAAAGCACCUGUUAUCAAUCACUUCUCUGAAAGCAUUGCGGGGGUCAUGACAAUCCGUGCAUUUAGAAAGCAAAAACAGUUUUGUGAAGAAAAUCUCAAUCGGGUGAAUGCUAAUUUACGAAUGGAUUUCCACAACUAUAGUUCCAAUGAGUGGCUGGGGUUACGCUUAGAAUUGCUUGGGAGCCUUGUCUUUUGCAUUUCUACUAUGUUCAUGAUUAUCUUACCAAGCAAUAUCAUUAAACCAGAAAAUGUUGGUUUAUCCCUCUCUUACGGGUUGGGCUUAAAUGCUGUCUUGUUCUGGGCUGUAUACUUCAGCUGUAUCCUCGAAAACAAAAUGGUGUCUGUUGAGAGGAUAAAGCAGUUUACAAAGAUUCCAUCUGAACCAACAUGGAAUAUCAAGGAUCGUCUGCCUCCUCCAUAUUGGCCAGAUCAAGGCAAUGUAGAUAUCAAAGGCUUGGAGGUCAGAUAUCGUCCAAACACUCCUCUGAUUCUUAAAGGCAUUACUUUGAGCAUUACUGGAGGAGAAAAGAUUGGUGUUGUUGGUCGAACUGGGAGCGGAAAAUCAACUUUAAUCCAAGUUCUGUUCAGGCUGGUGGAACCUUCAGGAGGCAAAGUAAUAAUUGAUGGUAUUGACAUAUCCGUCUUGGGGCUUCAUGAUCUCAGAUCUCGGUUCGGUAUCAUUCCUCAAGAGCCUGUCCUCUUUGAAGGAACUGUGAGAAGCAACAUUGAUCCAACUGGACAGUAUACAGACGAUGAGAUGUGGAAGAGCUUGGAACGCUGUCAACUAAAAGAGGUGGUGGCUGCUAAGCCUGAAAAACUUGACUCUUUAGUGGUGGAUAAUGGAGAGAACUGGAGUGUGGGGCAGAGACAGUUGCUUUGUCUUGGGCGAGUUAUGCUUAAGCGAAGCCGGCUCUUGUUUAUGGAUGAGGCAACUGCUUCUGUUGAUUCUCAAACCGAUGGCAUAAUUCAAAAGAUCAUUAGAGAGGACUUUGCAGCCUGUACCAUCAUCAGCAUUGCUCACAGAAUACCCACAGUCAUGGACUGUGAUAGAGUUUUAGUCAUAGAUGCAGGGCUAGUGAAAGAAUUCGAUAAGCCCUCCAACUUGCUUCAGAGACCAUCUCUAUUUGGGGCAUUAGUUCAAGAGUAUGCCGACCGCUCCACCGGACUAUAAGUAACUCUCAUGUUCCUCUUGACAUAUCUAGCUCUGUCAUCCAUAUAUCAAUGAAAAAUUAGAACAUCUUCGAACAGAUGCAGUGCGAGGCAUUUUGAUUGAUUUUAGAAGUACCAUGUGGAGGGAUGGUGUUCCAUUGCUGGUGUUUUGGAGGUACUGCCAGUAUUGGCAAUCAUUCAAGUAUCUGUUAAUUCAUUGCUGGUGUAUUCUGAUGACAUCGAAACAUAGGUCCUGAUUUUGGGCACUAGGUCACCAAGAUUGCACAUGUAAUCAUUUCACUUGAUUUGUUUCUUGGGCUUCUUCCUUGAAUUGAAGUUAUUACUAGAAUAAGUGUUUACUAUAAAAUAAAAAUUUGACCAAACAAAAUAUCAAUUUUCUCUGCUCAUAUUUAAAGUCACAUCCUUUAUAUAUUUUCAAGCAGGAUUGCGGUAUUUGGACUUUGGAAGAUACAUGAAAACACUUGUAAUCUAUACAAUCAGUGCAUUUGGUUUCA